AUGGGGGACCGGGUGGACCCCGCGAUCGAGUCUGAUCGAUUGACUGAAGCGCCCCCUGCGAUUCAACCUCGAUUCCCCGCCCCGCGGGUUCGGCUGAGUUGCGAGGCGUGCCGCCAGCGCAAAGUGAAAUGUGAUAAACAGAGCCCCUGUACCAGCUGUACGCGCCUGGGCUUUGUAUGCGUCCCAGUUGAGCGAGCUCGUCUACCGCGCGGGCGGACCAGGAAGGCCCCCGAGCGGGCGGGCAGUAGCGACAAAGAAUUGGUCGACCGAGUUGCCAAGCUCGAACAGCUAUUGAAACAAGUCGCUGCCGAACGGGAUUCCAGGCCGCAGGUAGAGCCACCGUCAUAUGCCGCAGAGGCGAAUACUGAACGUAGCCUCGACAACAAAAUGGCUGAUGUCGAAACGUGGAGAGACCAACAUGCGCAGCCCGGCGCAGGGACUACAUUGACCCUAACCCAUCGGCCACGCCCCGCGACUUCGUACCUGGGUAGUUCGUUCUGGGAAGACAUCAUGCAGCAGACGCAAGAUCUUCGAACGGUCCUCGAUGACCGAUUGGAAUAUGAGGAAGAGGAGGAAUUGAAACAGCCCAUGGGCUUUGGUACCUCCAUUAUCAGCUCAGAGACCUCGGAAAGCGUGUCCAACUCUCCACAGUCCUACAAGGGAAUCAGCUAUCCCCUUCAAACACGCCGUCAGCUGUGCGAGAUUUAUCUGAAGAAUGUCGACCCAAUUUUCAAGAUCUUACAUCGGCCAUCCUUGCGCGCUUUCCUGUGUGAUGGAAAACCCUACCUGGACUAUGAGCCAGAUCACCACGCCCCAAACACACUCGCGCUGGCGGUCUACUCCGCCGCUGUUUGUACUAUUGACGAUGCACAAUGUCAAUUGAUAUUCGGGUCGGAUAAAAAGACGAUAGCCGCCGAGCUGCAGAGGGAAACUGAAGCUGCUUUGGUGAAUUCUGAGUUCGUUACGACCAACGAACUGACAGUCUUGCAAGCAUAUGUACUCUCCUUGCUUGCGGCUCGAUGCCAAGAUCAAAGCCGACGUGUAUGGACUAUGCUGGCCAUGGCUCUCAGAGUAGGUCAAGCGUUAUGUCUUCAUAUGCCCGACCCGCCAUUCCGUGUGAGCCCUUUCGAACAACAACUGCGAAGGCGCACUUGGCAAGCUAUCGGGGUACUUGACCUAGCAGCCUCGCUAGAUCGGGCCUCCGAGCCAAUGAUGCAGUCCGCGUGGUUGGAUUCGCAUCUACCCGCAAACAUUAAUGACGAAGAUAUCUGGUUUAAUAUGGACGUGCCGUUUCAAAAGCCCCCGGCGGGCGCUUUCACUGACAUGACCCACACAUUGAUCAUCGCCUCGGCCCAAACCGUAGCCCGGUCGAUUGGAUUCACUGAUUUCAUUGAGCCCUCCGCGAAGACAUGGGGUGCACGUCAGCAGAUGCUGCGCGACUUCGAACGCACCGUGAAUAGCCUAUUGGCUGGAUGCAAGCCCGAUCUCUCUUCCUACCACCUCUAUGUCCAGCAAGUGGCUUCAGUCAUCUAUGGCUGGCUGCAGCUCGGCAGUGCACGGCCCAUCCAACGAAGCCGUAGCUUCACUCCACCUGUGGUUCAGAACGAUGUGCUGCUCUCGCUUGCUUCUGAUAACCUUCAAAAGAUCAUCUCAUUCCGUGACCCUUCCAUGGUUUCAUGGUCAUGGUUCGGGUCAAUGUGGGUUCCUUGGCAUGGCCUGGCCGUCGCUCUGGCUGAGCUUUGUGUUUGUCGGGACCCAGAAGCCAUAUCCAAGCACUGGCCCAUCGUCGAGCAAGUGUACCACCAUUCAAGUCUCUUGAUUGCGGAUUCUCAACAUGGCAUGCUCUGGAAACCGCUGCAAAAGCUCAUGAACCAAGCUCGUGCCCAUAAGGCACAGUUGGAGGGUCGCCAGGCUCCUGCUGAUGCCAUCCGUGCACUGACUUCGGGUGCAGUUUGCAUAGACGCUGCCCAGGAGCAACUGACGCAACCGAACAUUAUCACUGCCCCUGCUGCCGUUAUUCCGCCUGUGACCGUUCCUAUUGCUGAAUUAUUCCCCUCUCAAACAACCACCGGCUAUUCCUUGGGGAUGGACAACCCCACCAUUGCUGCUGCUGGCCAGCAAAUCAAUCCGACUUUACCCAUCGCACCCUCGCCUUUCACACUCGAAGCAUGGCCCAAUGUAUGGAGCGAGAUGGACUUUGACACACCAGGUAUACAAGCUGCCACUGAUGAUAACGCAUGGCUCAAUUAUGAAAGUUUCAUUGGCGAUGUCUAUGACAGCGUUGAAUGUGUGUUCCUCCCACGGCAGGGAUAA